AUGGCAGAUAAGCAACCCCAACUAAACAGUGCGUAUUACGGCCCCACGAUUCCUCCGGCGGAGGCGCUACGUCCCCGCCGCCACAUAAAUUGCUGUUGCUGUCUCUUCAGCAUCUGCUGGAAGAUUCUCCUCGCACUCAUAAUCUUCCUCGUCAUCGUAUUCAUCAUCUUCUACGCCAUGCUCCAGCCACACGCGUUUAAGCUGCACGUCUCCGUCGCCACACUCACGCAGUUCAAUUACACCUCCAGCGACAACACGCUCUGUUACAACCUCGUCCUCAACUUCACGGCAAGGAACCCCAACAAGAAGCUAGACUUCUACUACGAGAGCGUGGAGAGCCACAUAUCAUACAACGAUGUCACGUUCGCGUCGACGGAGUUGUUGACGUUGCGUGACUCGUUCCGGCAACGCAGGCAGAGCACGAACCUCCUGAACGGCGUUUACAGGGGGAAUUACAAGACAGUGUUGGAUCAGGAUCAAGUGAAGACCUUGGAAGAAGAUGAGAAAAAGAGGGUUUUUCAUUUCUCUGUGAGACUCCACUUUGUCGCUUACUCUAGUGGAGAAUGCGAGUAG